AAUAUGCUGAUUUGGUGCUCAAUAAACCUUAAAGGGUUAGUUCAGCCAAAAAUGAAAAUUAUGUCAUUAAUGACUAACCCUCAUGUCGUCCAAACAUGAGUAAGACCUCCGUUCAUCAAUUUCGGAUGCAAAUUUUGGAUUCAGUUUGCAAGGGCCUUAAAUCUAAAAUAUCUUAAACUGUGUUCCGAAGAUGAACGGAGGUCUUACUGUCUUGGAACAACAUGAGAGUGAGUCAUUAAUGAGGGUGAAUUUUCAUUUUUGGGUGAACUAAGUUAACCCUUUAAUAUUUUGUGGUAACUGUGAUGCAUGUUUUUCAGGAUUGAUGACUAGAAAAAUGUGAGUGAUGUAGCUGUGUAAUUCGAAAGAGCUCUGCAUUUUUAUUAAGUUGGUGCACGUGAUCUUCAUAAUUUGUAUUAACCAGCUUUUUAUUUAGUCUUUAGCUAUUCGUUUAGCCACCUGAUGUGGAUUUUGAGAAAUCUGUUACACCAAUGGCACAUUUUCCAAGGAGGUCAAAAGGUCAUUGAAAAUCACGGUCACAUCUUGCAAUUCAGCUUUACUGAAUUUAGUGGUGAACCAUGUAUACUACAUCAAGAUUGAUUGUAAUAAAUUCUAAAUAAUGAAUAAAGAAUAUUGAUGUCUCUCUGAUAGGAGUGUUCUUUUUACAGUGCCUUUAUUCCUCUACUCUCUGUGUAGAGGAGAAGUGUGUUUGUUUGGUGAAGGCUCAGCUAUUUCUCACCCAGAUGUGGAGAGUUGGGAGCCUGGGAUAUUCUGGUGACGGACCAGGAGGUCUUUUCGUCUGUCUCAGCAUCGCAUGCAAGGAGGGAGAAUGCUUUGAGGACCACUGCAGCUCCUCAUUGAAACCGUGCUCUCUGCGUUCACUAAAAACCCCUUGACUGAGCUAAUCCAAGGGAUCAGAGCUCCGUGUCCGUAAAGCACCUGGAAACCAUGGGAGCCUCCAGGGUGAAGGUAUUGGCUGUGUUCCUGUUGUGUGUCCUGCACACUCAGGCCCAGCAAGACUAUUCUGGUGUACAAUCAGGAGAAGAACACAUGUAUGAAGGCUCCUUGGUCGAUCGAUAUGACGGACAUUCUGGAUACACUGACCGUGUUAAGUAUCCUGCAGAGUCCAAACGCAGCAAUGAAGGUGAGCACUCGGCAUCUGGCUUCGACCCCUAUGCGCCUGCAGCCACCGUGGUCACCAUGAUCACUGAGGAAACAUACCCGUAUGCCACAGUCGUGGAAUCAUUUGAUUAUGCCAAAGAGGAUAAAACCUUAAUAGCACAGGUGCCAUAUGGAGGAGACGCCGAGCUGGGGCAGGAGAGACCCACUGAAUGCGACUGUGAAGCAGGAGAGCCGGGAUUUGGAGGCUUCGCUGGACCCAAGGGUUCUAGGGGUCUUCAAGGCAAACAGGGGUUACCUGGGGUCCAAGGAAGGGAGGGUUACAAAGGAACCAAAGGAGUAAGAGGAAGGGGAGGAGACACUGGUCCUGAGGGUGACUCUGGGCCUAAUGGAGAGGAUGGUGCAUCUGGUUUCUUUGGUGCAAUUGGUCUUCCCGGCUUACCAGGGGACCCAGGUGAAACUGGAUCACCUGGAUUCAAGGGUGAUUUCGGAAUAGAGGGUCCCCGUGGAGGAGUGGGUCUCCCUGGAAAAACUGGUCCUGUUGGCCCAAAAGGUAAAUCUGGAAAACCAGGAGGUAAAGGUGUUAAGGGUUCCACUGGUAAAACAGGAAAACCGGGUCCUGAGGGACGACAGGGACAGAAGGGUCAGAUUGGAGCACCUGGAUUCUCAGGAGACCGUGGAGAGCAGGGUUACUUGGGUUAUACAGGAGUUCCCGGAGACCGUGGGGCGACCGGGCCAAAGGGUGCUAAAGGUACAGGUGGCUUGCCAGGAAGUGAUGGCGAGCCAGGAGAGGAUGGUCCUCUGGGUGUUCCUGGAGUUGAGGGGGUGCCUGGGUCUUUUGGACCCAAGGGUUUGAAAGGGGAUCGUGGUCUGAGGGGGCCAUCUGGAAGAGUAGGAAGCGUGGGUCCACAAGGAGACAGUGGGGAUGCAGGAGUUCCAGGAAAACCUGGGCCAAAAGGCUUGCCUGGGCCCACAGGUGCCAAAGGGGAAACAGGCCCAGAUGGUGAGAAGGGGACACAAGGACGAAAAGGGGGGAAGGGUGCUAAAGCAGAUAAGGGAGACGCUGGAUCUCGUGGUGACAAAGGCCAGCGUGGAGUGAAGGGUCGUCUUGGCCGCGAUGGGCUCGUUGGUCCUAUUGGACCUCCAGGUCUUCCAGGUCCCAGAGGAGAAGAAGGACCUAGCGGAGACCUGGGAGGGAAAGGACAGAGUGGGCCGAAAGGAGAGCCAGGUGAACAUGGUCCAGGACUGACGGAUGAGCAGAUAUUGCAGCUGUGUCAAGGUGUGGUCACUGCUCAGAUCUCCCAGUAUGCUGCAUCUAUACAUGCCAAAUGUGUACAGGGCUGUCCCAUCAACAACCGUACCCUUAUCGGACCCCCAGGUGUCACGGGACCCCCAGGAAGUUCUGGAAAAACAGGUAAAGCAGGAAAGGCAGGUGCUAAAGGAGAAAGAGGCCCCCAAGGCAUGAAAGGUCUAGAGGGCCAGAAAGGAGCUCCAGGGGACAUAGGUACUGGUCGUCUUGGCCGCGAUGGGCUCGUUGGUCCUAUUGGACCUCCAGGUCUUCCAGGUCCCAGAGGAGAAGAAGGACCUAGCGGAGACCUGGGAGGGAAAGGACAGAGUGGGCCGAAAGGAGAGCCAGGUGAACAUGGUCCAGGACUGACGGAUGAGCAGAUAUUGCAGCUGUGUCAAGGUGUGGUCACUGCUCAGAUCUCCCAGUAUGCUGCAUCUAUACAUGCCAAAUGUGUACAGGGCUGUCCCAUCAACAACCGUACCCUUAUCGGACCCCCAGGUGUCACGGGACCCCCAGGAAGUUCUGGAAAAACAGGUAAAGCAGGAAAGGCAGGUGCUAAAGGAGAAAGAGGCCCCCAAGGCAUGAAAGGUCUAGAGGGCCAGAAAGGAGCUCCAGGGGACAUAGGUCCAAAAGGUCAGAAAGGACAGAGAGGUGAUUCUGGCAAAGGUCUUCCUGGGCAUGAUGGUCACCAAGGUCUCAGAGGACUGCCAGGCCAUCCAGCAGAACCUAAAGAUGGCAUUGAGGGCCCACAGGGACCUCGUGGGUUUCCUGGGCGUGUGGGUCAGCCUGGCAUGGCUGGUAGUGCAGGAAUACCUGGCGUGUGCGAGGCGCGAGACUGCAGCAUUCAUGCACCGGUAUUGCGCAAAGAGAUGGGAUUGGUCAAAGGCCCUCUCAGCCAGGCCUGAAAACAGGGAGGAUUGUGAUUGACCUGGGACAGAAGGAUCUUUCUACCAGAGACCAUGAGUUGUGCUGUUGGGUGCAGACUGGAAUCGAGACAGACUGGAGUCAAAACCUGGAGAUCAAGGGUCUCAUUUAUGAAUUGUUGCGUAGAAACCAUGCAACAUUUGAUCUUCUGAUCAUUUCUCAAAUGUGCGUACGUGUGAUUUAGACAAAGAGAUCUCUGACGUCUGCUCAGACCCUGACGUAGCGCUAAGCACUUUUAGACGUCAAAGACUGUUUCUUCUGAACAUUGGCGUGGAUUUUAGCGUACACAAACUUGAACUUCAAAUCUGUGCGUACGCACACUUUAUAAAUGAGGCCCCAAGUCUCUGCGGGUUUUGUUUUACUAGUUUGAUUCUUUGAGGCUUCAAAUGAAACUACACAAAUCAAUACUGCCAGCACUUUUGCUUUCAUUCAUCGACUAUGUUUUGGUUUCAUGUAUACAGUACAGACAUGUAAAUAGUUUUGUAAAGAAUCUUAAAUAUACAUCUACUGUUUCCUGAAAUAUCAUGUUUUAUUUUCUCUAAAAACAAGCGUUAAAUUAUUUAGAGACAAUACAGUUCUUUUGCCCAGUAGUUUCAGGGAAAUAUGUAUUUCCCUUUUGAUGCAUUAAGUUGAAUUAAAGACAAUUUUUUUGUAAACCGUGUA